CCUCAGAUAAACCCGGAUUUAGAAAAACUUUCCCCUUACGAAUGCGGGUUUGACCCGCUUGGGUCAGCACGCCUACCUUUUUCUAUUCGCUUUUUCUUAGUUGCAAUUUUAUUCCUUCUGUUUGACCUAGAGAUUGCACUUCUACUUCCUCUUCCUUGGGGGAAUCAACUUCUUUUCCCUCUUCAUACCUUAAUCUGGGCUUCUGUGGUAAUCAUGCUUUUAACACUUGGAUUAAUUUAUGAGUGAGUUCAAGGAGGCUUAGAGUGAGCAGAAUAAGUGCUUAGUUUAAACAAAACAUUUGAUUUCGGCUCAAAAAACGCGGUUAAAGUCCUCAAGCAUUUAAAAUGACAGCGAUCCACCUAGUUAUCUCAAACUGCUUCCUACUGGGGUUAAUCGGCCUAUCAUUUCACCGAACCCAUCUAUUAUCAGCCCUCCUCUGCCUCGAGGGAAUAAUACUUUCACUUUUCUUAGCUAUUUCUAUUUGAACUUUACAAUUAGACUCACCUAAUCUAUCGUCAGCCCCAAUACUACUUCUAGCAUUUUCAGCAUGUGAAGCAGCAGUAGGAUUGUCCCUUCUUGUGGCCACUUCUCGUACACAUAACUCUGAUCACUUAAAAACCUUAAAUAUCCUACAAUGUUAAAAAUCUUGAUCCCAACACUAAUACUUCUACCCACUAUUUGAUUAACUCCUUUUAAAUGACUUUGAUCCGCAACUCUAACUCAUAGUGCUACUAUUACAUUAAUUAGUCUAUACUGAUUAAAAACAUGUGAGACAGGGUGAACAGAAACCGGUGUACUUUUAGCAACAGAUUCAAUCUCAACCCCAUACUUAGCCCUUUCUUGCUGGUUAACACCUUUGAUGAUCUUAGCAAGCCAGUACCAUAUAUUGGAUAACCCUCACCCCCAGCAACGGGUGUUUCUUAUAACUCUAGUUACCCUUCAGAUCCUUUUAAUUUUAGCAUUUAGUGCUUGUAAUUUAAUUGUAUUUUAUCUAAUGUUCGAGGCCACCAUUAUCCCUAUUAUCUUAAUUACUACACGAUGAGGUAAUCAACCGGAACGCCUAAAAGCAGGUGAUUACUUAGUAUUUUACACUUUAGUCGGGUCUUUGCCCCUCCUUGUGGUCCUGUUACUAAUAGAAAAUAUUACAGGAAGCUUAUCUUUGCUUAUCGAAUACAUCCCUUUUGUCACAGACACAACUAUUGCAAGUAAAUUCCUGUGAGCAGCUACAACUUUAAGUUUUUUAGUUAAAAUGCCGAUAUAUGGUGUUCAUUUAUGACUUCCUAAAGCCCAUGUAGAGGCCCCGAUCGCAGGAUCUAUAGUUUUAGCGGCUGUGCUUUUAAAACUGGGGGGCUACGGGCUAAUUCGAGUUAUGGACCUCUUAGGCCCUAAUUCCAAAGGAUUUGCUUUACCAUUUAUUGUUAUUGCCCUUUGAGGUGCUGUAAUAGCAGGAUCUAUCUGCAUACGGCAAACAGAUAUUAAAGCCUUAAUCGCAUAUUCUUCUGUAAGCCAUAUGGGUAUAGUUAUCGCUGCUAUCCUUAUCCAAACCCCUUGAGCACUUAAGGGGGCAAUAAUUUUGAUAUUCGCCCACGGCCUUGUCUCUGCAUCAUUGUUUUGUCUAGCUAAUUUUUACUACGAGCGAACUAACAGUCGGACUUUGCUUUUAGCUCGAGGUAUACAAGUAAUCUUCCCAUUUUUAGGCGCAUGAUGACUUUUAAGUAUCCUGGCCAAUGUAGCUCUUCCACCUUUGCCAAAUUACUCAGCAGAAUUAUUUAUUGCUACUUCUUUAUUUAAAUGAUCACCUUGAACUUUCGUAUUCGUUGCAUUAGGGUUGUUUAUUACUGCUGUAUAUUCUUUCUUUAUAUUCCUUAUCUCCCAACGGGGCCCGGUUUCCCAACAAUUCAUCGAACAAGAUUUAGCUUCAAUACGUGAACACUUGCUUACUGCCAUUGUUCUUCUUCCAUUAGUGUUCCUUAUCUUCAAACCCCAUUUAAUUUGAGGUUUUAACCAUUGUAGGUGUAGUUUAAUUAAAACAUUAGAUUGUGAUUCUGAAAAAAAAGGUUGAAGUCCUUUCACCCACCGAGAGAGAAGAGAAAAAACAAAAACUGCUAAUAUUUGUAUCUUUGGUUAGACUCCAAAGCUCACUCGCAUACUUUUAUAGGACAAUAGUCUGUCCAUUGGUCUUAGGAGCCAACACCUCUUGGUGCAAAUCCAAGUAGAAGUUAUGCACCCUACCCCCCUAAUUUUAACAUCCGCCCUUCUUAUCAUUUUUGCUCUUCUUACUUACCCAGUUUUAACCACCUUUUCCCCUAACCCUUUACCACAAAGCUGGUCAUCAACACAUGUUAAAUCUGCAGUUAAGAUAUCAUUUUUUACUAGCCUCAUCCCCCUUAUUAUUUUUCUGAAUGAUGGGAGUGAAGCUAUUAUCACCUCAUUCACAUGAAUAAGCUUGUCAACAUUUGACAUUACUCUUAGCUUCAAAUUUGAUAUAUACUCAAUUAUUUUCACCCCCGUUGCUCUUUACGUCACCUGAUCAAUCUUGGAAUUUGCCUUUUGAUAUAUACACUCGGACCCUGCUAUAAAUCGAUUCUUUAAAUACCUCCUUAUCUUCCUAAUUGCAAUAAUUAUCUUAGUAACAGCUAACAAUAUAUUCCAAUUAUUUAUUGGCUGAGAAGGGGUAGGCAUCAUAUCUUUCCUGCUUAUCGGCUGAUGGUAUGGGCGAGCGGAUGCAAAUACAGCAGCAUUGCAAGCAGUACUUUAUAAUCGUAUUGGUGACGCAGGCUUGAUCCUUGCCAUGGCUUGAAUAGCAAUAAACCUUAACUCGUGGGAUAUUCAUCAAAUUAUCUCACUCUCUAAAGACAUAGACCUCUCUCUCCCGCUUGUUGGUCUUAUUUUGGCCGCUAUGGGUAAAUCCGCUCAAUUCAGUCUUCACCCUUGAUUACCUUCUGCAAUAGAAGGCCCUACCCCAGUUUCCGCUUUACUCCACUCAAGCACUAUGGUUGUAGCAGGUAUUUUUUUAAUAAUCCGCAUAACCCCUUUAAUGCAAAAUAACCCAGCAGCUAUAACACUUUGCCUAUGUCUUGGUGCAUUAACAACCCUCUUUACAGCAAUCUGCGCCCUGACACAAAAUGAUAUUAAGAAGAUCAUUGCAUUUUCUACAUCAAGCCAGCUUGGCCUUAUAAUAGUAACUAUUGGACUCAACCAACCACAUCUCGCUUUUCUACACAUUUGCACACAUGCCUUCUUUAAAGCUAUAUUAUUCCUUUGCUCAGGCUCCAUUAUCCAUGCUCUAAAUGAUGAGCAGGAUAUCCGUAAAAUAGGGGGUAUACACCGCUUAGUCCCUUUCACUUCAUCCUCAAUAGCAUUAGGAAGUUUAGCAUUAACGGGGAUACCUUUCCUAUCAGGUUUCUUUUCGAAAGACCCAAUCAUUGAAGCCUUAAAUAACUCAUACCUGAACGCCUGAGCCCUCCUCAUUACACUUUUUGCUACUUCACUUACAGCCGUAUACAGCCUUCGUAUUAUCUUUUUUGUAUGCAUAGGAAACCCUCGAUUCAACGCGCUAUCGCCUAUCAAUGAAAAUAACCCUUCGGUUAUUAACCCUAUUUUACGCUUAGCAUUAGGAAGUGUUGUAGCCGGCUUACUUAUUUACACAAAUAUACCAGUUUCAAAAACCCCUGUGAUAACUAUACCUAUAUUUAGUAAGGUGGCAGCCAUUCUUGUUACUAUUACAGGCCUUCUGGUAGCAUUAGACCUUGCUUCGAUAACCCAUAAACAAACCAUUAUACCCCGGUACAUGCCCCCCUAUCGCUUCUCUAACUCAUUAGCCUUUUUCCCGAUUAUUAAUCAUCGGAUUUUUCCUACAAAAGUGUAUGGUUUUGGACAAAAAAUUGCCACCCGAACAAUAGACCUAGUUUGGCUAGAGAAAUAUGGACCUAAAGCCGUAGUGUCUGUUAACACCACUUUAGCCCCUGUGGUUAGUAACGCACAAAAGGGCUCAAUUAAAACCUAUAUAAUAUCGUUAUUACUAACCCUAUUUUUAACUGUAUUGAUUUUUAACCUUUAAAUAGCACGUAAAGAUCCUCGCUCAAACCCACGUGUUAACUCUAAAACAACAAACAAUGUAAGCAAUAGGGCUCAAGCACUAAUAAUUAGUAUUCAACGACCUGAUAAAUACAUUAUACCUACUCCACACGUAUCCUGGCGUAAUAACCCUAAACUUCCUAUUUCUUCCAAAGGUAUAAUAAGCACCUCGAACCACCCACUUCAACAAUAGCCGAAAGAAACUACUACUAUUAAUAAGUAAAGUACUAUGCGGCUAAAUACAGGUCAACUACCCCAGCCUUCAGGGUACUGUUCAGCAGCCAAAGCUGCUGAAUAAGCAAAAACAACUAAUAUCCCACCUAAGUAAAUUAGAAAUAAAACAAGCGAUAAGAAAGAACCCCCGAAGUACGCCACUAACCCACAACCUGCCCCAGCAGCAAAUACUACACCUAGGGCAGCGAAAUAUGGAGAGGGAUUUGAAGCUACGGCAGCAAACCCCAAAAUCAAACUAAUUAAUAAAACUAUUAAAACAUAUGUCAUUGUUUAUACUCGGAUUUUAACCAAAACCAGUGGCUUGAAAAACCACCGUUGUAAUUCAACUAUAUAAACUAAUGGCCAACCUACGCAAAACUCACCCCCUGUUAAAAAUCGCCAAUGAUGCUCUGGUAGAUCUACCCACCCCCUCAAAUAUCUCCCUUUGAUGAAACUUCGGCUCCCUUUUAGGACUUUGCCUGAUCUCUCAGAUUGUAACUGGCCUCUUCUUGGCAAUACACUACACCUCUGAUAUUGCUACCGCUUUUUCAUCAGUCACCCAUAUCUGCCGAGAUGUUAACUAUGGCUGACUAAUUCGCAAUAUACAUGCUAAUGGUGCCUCAUUCUUUUUCAUUUGUAUUUACCUCCACAUUGCUCGAGGGUUAUAUUACGGGUCCUACCUUUACAAAGAGACCUGAAAUAUUGGUGUAAUACUUCUAGUUCUUGUAAUAGCAACAGCUUUCGUAGGUUAUGUUUUACCUUGAGGACAAAUAUCGUUUUGAGGUGCUACCGUUAUCACUAACCUUUUGUCUGCUGUGCCUUAUGUAGGCACUGAUUUAGUACAGUGGAUUUGAGGGGGUUUCUCUGUGGAUAACGCUACUUUGAACCGAUUUUUUACAUUUCACUUCCUACUCCCAUUUAUAGUAUUAGCUGCCACCCUUGUUCACCUUCUAUUUUUACAUGAAACAGGUUCUAAUAACCCCGCGGGAUUGAACUCAGAUGUAGACAAGAUCUCCUUCCACCCGUACUUUUCCUUCAAAGAUCUUUUAGGGUUCGCAGCACUGAUGUUAUCACUCGUUGCCUUGGCUUUAUUUUUACCCUAUUUACUAGGAGAUCCUGAUAAUUUCACACCCGCCAACCCUUUAGUUACCCCUACUCAUAUUAAACCAGAGUGAUACUUUUUAUUCGCAUACGCCAUCCUUCGAUCCAUCCCUAAUAAGUUAGGAGGUGUGUUAGCCUUACUAUCAGCUAUCCUGGUAUUAGCACUUGUCCCCUUCCUACACACCUCUAAACACCGAGGGUUGACAUUCCGCCCACUCACACAAGCUCUGUUUUGAUUACUAGUUGCCGAUGUUAUAAUCUUAACAUGAAUUGGAGGAAUACCUGCUGAACCUCCUUACAUUAUCGUUGGGCAGCUGGCCUCAAUCGCUUAUUUUUCGAUCUUCCUAGUACUAAUGCCCUCAGCAGGGUAUAUUGAAAACAGCAUACUCGAAUGAGAAU